AUGUCUUCCAUCGAAUCGCAGAUGGAACCACUAACGUCGGGAGCUAGCAACCGGAUAAUUCCGCUUCUGAAAGCGUUUAGAGGAUCGCUUAUCUUUGUUUACACUUUCUUUCUGUCGUUUCUUUUGUUCGUUCGACGGAACAGGGUGGCGGUGCCGGGUUCUCCGAAGAAGAAUUUGAAGAAACGGUGGUUGGUUAGAGAGGAAGAGGAUACGUUUAGGAGAAGAGAGUUGGCGCAGGAUGUUGGAAUGGGUCGUGACGACGGUUGUUGCCGGUGGAAUACUUCGAUUUUUUAUGGUGUGAGGAAUAACGCUUUGUUUUGUCGUUCUUGGUUCCCGGUUUUUGGUGAUCUUAAGGGCAUUAUGAUCAUCAUUCACGGGCUCAAUGAACACAGUGGAAGAUACGCAGAUUUUGCUAGGCAGUUAACAUUGUGCAACUUUGGUGUGUAUGCAAUGGACUGGAUAGGUCAUGGAGGUAGUGAUGGAUUACAUGGUUAUGUUCCUUCUCUUGAUCAAGUGGUUGCAGACACAGGAGCUUUCUUGGAAAGUAUUAAAUCAGAGAAUCCUGGGAUACCAUGCUUUCUCUUUGGUCACUCCACUGGUGGUGCUGUGGUGUUGAAAGCGGCAUCACACCCUCAAAUUGAAGCGAUGGUGGAAGGAGUUAUAUUAACCUCACCAGCGUUGCGUGUGAAGCCUUCUCACCCAAUAGUUGGUGCUGUUGCUCCAAUAUUUUCUUUGGUAGCUCCGAGGUUCCAAUUCAAAGGAGCAAACAAAAGGGGCAUUCCAGUUUCAAGGGAUCCAGCAGCCUUAGUGGCGAAGUACUCGGAUCCUCUAGUCUACACCGGACCUAUAAGAGUCCGAACUGGCCACGAAAUACUGCGAAUAUCGUCGUACUUAAUGCGAAACUUCAAGUCAGUGACAGUACCAUUCUUUGUCCUGCAUGGAACUGCUGAUAAAGUAACCGAUCCAUUGGCAUCACAAGACUUGUACAACAAGGCAGCUUCUGAGUUCAAAGACAUAAAGCUUUAUGAUGGCUUCUUGCAUGACCUCUUGUUUGAGCCUGAACGUGAAGAGAUAGCUCAGGACAUUAUCAACUGGAUGGAAAAGAGAUUAUUCAACAAUAUCUGA